AGUCACUGAGUAAACGACUGAAGGACAGAGUGCGCUCCGUCGGAUGACUCGGCAGACACUCGAGCGUUGGGGGAGUGGCCGGCGGGGGCGACACGGGCGGGUGCUCCGAGAGCUCAGGGUUCGACAUCUGCCCAGUCGAGUCCCAACGACGGAGCACACAGUGCAUCGGCCCUCACCUCCGGUCGAUCGCCAACACAAUAAAAAUGGCCGGUGGACUAGUACGACUUCUGGGAAUAUUCGCGGUGAUUUCUGCCGCCAGCCCAGCCACUGGUCCCCGGGUGUCAACUCAAUCGGGGCAGCUCGAGGGAACCAUUCUCAAGUCGUUCCUCGGAAACAAUUUCUACGCAUUUAAAGGGAUCCCAUACGCUGAGCCGCCGGUGGGUGACCUGCGGUUCCGACCUCCGCAGCCACAUGCCGGCUGGUCGGGAGUCCGUCCGGCCGACACCUUCGGCAGCCAGUGUAUGCAGUUCGCCAUGUUCUCCUCGCCGCGCCAGCUGCAGGGCUCCGAGGACUGUCUGUUUGUGAACGUCUACUCCCCGCGGCUACCGGAAGAAGACGACCACCCGCAGCUGCCAGUCAUGGUCUGGAUCCAUGGAGGAGCGUUCACGCUGGGCUCCGGAGACAGCGACUUCUACGGGCCCGAUUACCUGAUGGAUGAGGACGUCGUGCUGGUCACCUUCAACUAUCGGCUGGGACCGUUCGGCUUCUUCACCACAGAGGAUGCCAGCGCUCCGGGAAACUACGGCAUGCACGACCAGGUGCUGGCACUGGAGUGGGUGCAGGCCAACAUCGCCGCGUUCGGCGGAGAUCCCGACACCGUCACCAUCUUUGGAGAGUCAGCCGGCGGCGCGUCUGUCGGACUACAAGUGCUCAGUCCUCGCUCACGCGGCCUGUUCUCAAAAGCCAUCAGUCAGUCGGGCGCCUCGUUUUGUAAUUUCGCAGCCAGUGGAGAUCCUCAGGCAGACAACGCCCGGAAACAUGCCGAGCUGACGAAAUGUUCCACAGCCAACAGUCGGGAGAUCGUGGGUUGCAUGCGUCAGAAGCCGGCAGAGGAGAUUUUCAACGCUUUGGGUGCUCUUCUGGAUGAGGACCCGAAUGGUUCCGGAGAUGUUGUGUACAAGCCGCGCGUUGACAGCGACUCUCGGCUGCCCUUCCUGCCGACUGAUCCGUUCACGGCUCUGCAGCGAGGCGCGUUCAACCUCGUGCCGUGGAUGACCGGUCUCACCCAGGACGAGGGCUCCUUGCUCGCAAUGAUAAACGGAUUUCAUCCCGAGCUGGCGAAAACCCAAACAGGCCGCGAUUGGAAACGCUGGGCCUCCUUGCUCAACAUUCAAAAAGCCUCUUCAGACCCGAUCGCUCUUGCAGAAGCACUGCAUCGCCACUACUUUGGAGAAGCAGAGCUGAGCGAGGCGAAUAUGAUCGAGUACAGUAACCUCCUCAGCGACCGGUGGUUCACAAACUGUAUCAUGUCGGAGGCCAACUUGGCAGCCCCACACACGCCCGUCUACAUGUACGUGCUGGACUACACUGGUGCCGGACGUCAGAGCUUCGCGGCAAUGGUGGCUGGGAUGAUGGGAAAGUCCAUCGAUCUCUCGAAAAUGGGUGUGGGUCACUCGGAUGACGUGCUGUACCUUUUCCGAACGGAACUCGACGCGCCCGUGACAUGGAACUCGGACAAGCACAAGAUGAUUCGGUUCAUGGUGUCGGUGUGGACGAACUUUGCUCGGCGCGGAUACCCGAGCACAGACGUGCUGCCGAUGCCCAGCUGGCCGGUGUACAGCCGCAGCCGGCAGGAGUACAUGCGCCUGAACACCGCGCCCAGCGUGGGACGAGCCCCGUUCAGCGACCGGCUGCAGUUCUGGCGAGAGCUGGACAUCCAGGAAAACUGGCGCCGUCCUCUCAGCGUCGAUCGCCAUGACGAGCUGUAGAUCUAUAUCAAUUUGAUGUCCACGGUUGUAGAAAUUGCUACCUAGAGAUAAGUGAUGUUUCAUUUGAUUCGAAUGGGCGCCACUGAAGUUCGCAAAAGUACCAGUAUUACGAUAGGUACAUAGGCCCAAAGUAUAACUCUACCACACUGCCCAAUCAUCUGUCAAGGCAUUUGUUUGCUUUCCGUGCUAGUGACUUCUACUACUAUCAUUUGACAUGUUAAUAACAUGAUAUAGGUAGGUACUAGGUAGCUACUAGUUGUGCACCUAGCCCGUCUUAUUCUAGAUACCUAUUCUGAUAGUGCUACUUCGAUGUUCUCGAGUGGCUGAGAGCACUGCGAUCACUCUCAGGUCUUGAUGGCACUUGUGUCUUGUGCUGUUUCAUAGUCAUACGUACUCUUUACGAUAGCGGUAAUCAGUACCAUUUCCGUCCGACGUCUAUUGACCAAUGUCCACUGUACAGCUACAGGUCGCUGUUCUCUUUUGUCACACCGAGAGCCAAGAAAGCCUAUGUCCAACUCCAGACUCUGCGUAGCUUCUAUCCAAUGAAUGUAUGAAUAGAAUAAUAAUAAUAAAAAAUGAUGAAUGUUUC